CCCAGGAGCUAGUGGAUCGCUCUGGGAAAGCUGGAGGAUUGAAGCUGAUUGUGUUUACAUGAUAUUUGGCUCUUCCUGAAUGCAGAAGGGUGGAACAGCGAUGAAAAUGGACUUAAAUGUCAUCAUACAGAAGAUGGAAACAGGCGAUCAGGACGCCGCACUGACAGCUCUACAGACCUUUAAUAAAGAGAAAUCACAGUGUUUUUCAUUUACCUCUGGGGAGGAGGAAGACAGAGAGGAUGGACAUUUGCAAGAAGAGCGUCUCGGCAAAUUAGUGAUGGGCUUCCUGGAGAGAGACCUCCAGCCGUCCUGUCAGCUGGCCUGCUUGGAAACCAUCCGCAUCCUGUCCCGUGACAAGAAAAGCCUGGCCCCCUUUGCCACCCGCCAUGCCAUGCAGAUCCUGAUCCGACAUGCUGGCCUUGGUCAGGGUGAGGGCAUCACACCCGAGAUCCCAGACCUGGAAGUGAUCGUGGAAGCCCUGAAGUGCUUGUGCAACAUCGUGUUCAACAGCGAGGCGGCUCAGGAGGCGGGGGCGGAGCUCCAACUGAUCGUGGGAUUGGCAAAGAGGCUGAAACAGUGCCGUGAGCCACAGUGGAACCACGAUGUGCGAUUCUUCGACCUGCGUCUCACGUUCCUGAUCACCGCCCUGCGUGUGGACAUAAGAGCCCAGCUGGCACGAGAGCUGCGGGGUGUUAGUCUGCUGUCGGAGGCUCUGGAUGCCACGCUCGGCCUCUGCUGGCCCGACACGUACGAGGUGGCACGUGCAGGCUUUGACGGCUGCUCAGAGCUGCCCCCGCUGGGGAGGCAGGAGACGGAGAGAGCCAUGGAGAUCCUGAAGAUCCUCUUUAACGUCACCUUUGAUUCCAACCGCCGUAAAGUGGAUGAGGAGGAAGCAGCCACUUACAGACACCUGGGUGCCAUACUGAGGCACUGCAUCAUGAGCACUUCAGAGGGAGAGGAGCGCACGGAGGAGAUGCAUAGCCACACGGUGAACCUUCUGGGGAACCUGCCGCUUCCGUGUCUUGACGUUCUGCUGAUGCCUAAAGUCCAGCAGGGCUCUAUCGAGUACAUGGGCGUCAACAUGGAUGCCGUUAAGGUGCUGGUGGAGUUUUUGGAGAAAAGACUCGACCGGGGAAACAAGCUGAAAGAAACACUGCUGCCCUCGCUAAAUCUACUAACGGAGAGCGCUCGCAUCCACAGAGAGACCAGGAAGUUUUUAAGGAUGAAGGUGCUUCCACCAUUACGAGAUGUCAAAAACAGACCUGAGGUCGGGAACGCUCUACGAAACAAGCUAGUGCGUCUAAUGACACACAUAGACACGGACGUGAAGCACUGCGCGGCUGAGUUCCUGUUUGUGCUGUGCAAGGAGAGUGUUUCCAGGUUUAUCAAGUACACAGGUUAUGGUAACGCAGCAGGGCUGCUGGCCGCUCGGGGACUGUUGAGAGGCGGCCGAGACCCUGGACAUUACUCAGAAGAUGAGGACAGUGAUACCGAGGAGUACAGAGAGGCUAAACCUCAGUACGUCAUUGUCAGAAACCAUAAAAUCUUAGUUAGAAAAAAAAUAUGAUUAUCUUUAUUAUUUUGGCUUGUACAGCAUCAAUCCAGAGUGACCGGCCGUGUGGAGGAGGAGCAGCCUAACCCUAUGGAGGGAAUGACUGAAGAACAAAAAGAAUACGAAGCCAUGAAACUUGUCAAAAUGUUCGAUAAACUCUCCAGGGAGCAGCUGAUCCAGCCAAUGAAAAUCGGAGCUGAUGGUAAAAUGACUUCAUUGGAGCCACAAGAGCUUCAUUAUUUAGCCAGCCAACAGUUCGGAGAGCCCAAUAAUUCUGACAGCGACAGUGACACAAACUGAUUCUCCUGAAAUGAGUCUCGAGGCUUUUAACAGGAAGGAUAAGAUGGUUUAAUUCUAAUCAAAAACGGAAGUGUAUUGUGAAUCCUAUAAAAUAAUUGAAUCGUUUGACACACAAAGAUUUAAAUGCUUUGUUUUGUUUGCAAAGGAAAACACCUGGUGAUUGUUAUUUCGUUUCAGUUGAGGUUUAUUGUAUUGGCUUGUCUUUUCUGUACAGUGACAAUGGUAAUAUUUUCUGUACAAUGACAAUGAAAACAAGGUUUGGUUGCACAGUGCUAGUUUAUUAAUAUAACAGGAUUCAUUGAAUGGAACUCCGAGUUAUACAUCACAGACUUUAUUUUUCAUCUAGAAUGAUGUCUAAGAAGAAAACAAAAGUGACACUGGGUGAUGACAGUGAUGGUGGAGCCCUGAUAUUUAUUUAUUUAUUUAUUUAUUCAUUCAUUCAUUCAUUCAUUCAUUUGGUUUUAUGAUGAGCUGAGUUGAGCUGAGCAAGGAGAAUUUUAAGUUACAGUAAUUAUCUAGUUUAUGAGAUUAUGACAUUUUUUUGUUUUACCCAGGAGCAUAUAAAACCUCCUGUGAUCAACUUUAAAUUUUUUCUUUGUGGUAAAAGGAUGAAUUACUGUAUAUUGUUGUUGGUGGCCCGUGUAGUUAUGUGCGAAUAACUGAAGGGAAUGUUGAAUAAUUUAUAUCACUUUAUGUUUAAAGAGAUUUAUUGUGAGAUGAUAAUAAAAGAGCUGAAUUUCU